AUGUCAACCGCCGCGUCCUACCUUUCAGCUGUUAAAGCUGCGGAUGCACGCGCGAGGGCUAGGGGAGAGACGCCUGUCGCCACGCCGGCUUUGUCGUUCUCUUCUUCGGUCACGACCAGCAGUGAAGACACCAUCCUGGACGAUGGUGAAGUGGUCUCUUCCGACGCGCUCUCUUACCCGACGAUACCCCCGACCUCUGAACAAGUCUUCUCGACUGUGCACACGGAGUUCGGGCAUUGCGCAAAUGCCGAGUAUAGAUAUACGUCUCAGCAUCCUGCCGGGACGCCCGUCAAGCCUCACAUAGAGCAGGACCCACCUUACUAUGUACUGUUCACGACGUACGUGAGCUACAUCAUCCUGAUCUUGUUCGGCCACGUCCGCGACUUCACCCGCAAGUACUUCAACCCUGGCGAGUUCAAGCAUUUGAUUCCGCAUGAUGGGUAUGCACCAAUCACGUCCGACUUCGACUCGUUCUAUACUCGUCGCCUCAAGGCUCGCAUUGAUGACUGUUUCUCAUACCCAGUGACCGGUGUCGCUGGUCGUACCAUCGUCCUGAAUGAGCGCAAGUCCAAGGACUAUAACCGCACCUUCUAUUCCACUGGCCGUAAGGUCCGUGCCCUCAACAUAUCCUCGUACAACUAUCUGGGCUUUGCGCAAGCCCGGGGCGGUUGUGCAGAUGCUGUGGAAGAGAGCAUCAGAAGGUACGGUGUCUCCGCCUGCGGUACGCGGCUGGAGGGUGGGAGCCUUGAUCUUCAUGCUCAGGCAGAAGCGUUGGUAGCCAGAUUCAUCGGCCAAGAGGAUGCGCUCAUAUGUUCCAUGGGUUUCGCGACCAACUCGACCAUCAUCCCAGCUUUGGUCGGUAAGGGCUGCCUGGUCGUCUCGGAUGAGUUGAACCACGCGUCGAUCCGGUUCGGCGUGCGCCUGAGCGGGGCUAAUGUCAGGAUGUUCAAGCACAAUGACAUGAAUGCACUGGAGGACUUGUUGAAGGAGGCCAUCAGUCAGGGACAGCCGAAGACUCACAGGCCGUGGAAGAAGAUCCUGAUUAUCGUUGAAGGCUUGUUUAGUAUGGAGGGGACCAUGACCAACCUCCCGGUUCUUCUAGAGCUCAAGAAGAAGUACAAGUUCUACCUUUUCAUUGACGAGGCGCAUUCCGUCGGCGCCCUCGGCCCGCACGGCCGGGGUGUGGCUGAUUACUUCGGCGUUGACCCGCGUUCCAUCGACAUCCUGAUGGGUACUUUCACCAAGUCCUUUGGUGCCGCGGGUGGUUAUAUAUCCGGCUCGAAGGCUGUUGUAGACCGUAUCCGCGUUCGCAGCCACUCGCACGCCUAUGCGGAAGCCAUGACGCCUCCAGUCUUGACCCAGAUCAUUGCCAGCAUGGCCAGUAUCAUGGGUGUCGCGCCUGCCCUGCCGACUCAUGGUUCGACCGGUACGAUUACCAAGGGACGGAUUGUAGAACAGGAGAGUCCCGAGCCCUACCCUGGUCGCGCUCCUGCCUCCAUCUUGCCCAGCUGGAUGGAUCUGCCGCCCGCCAUGCGUGAAGGUACUGAAGGCCGCGAUCGCCUGCGCCGUCUGGCCUUCAACUCUCGCUAUCUGUCUCGCGCCCUCGAGAAGCUCGGUUUCAUCGUCUACGGUCACGACGACUCUCCCAUCGUCCCUCUGUUGAUCUUCAACCCUGGAAAGAUGGCGCUGUUCCACCGGCUCAUGCUGCAGAGCAACACGCCUAUCGUCAUUGUGGUCGUGGCGUACCCGGCUACUCCGUUGGUGACCAGCCGAGUGAGGUUCUGCGUCAGCGCUGCUCACACGAAGGCCGAUAUCGACGUCGUACUCAAGGCUUGCGACUGGAUCGGUGAUGUGCUGGAUUUGAAGCAUGCUCCUGGUGAACGGUGGUCAUUGGAAAAGAUCACCAGCAAUGCUGUGGAACUGGUCCGGAUGGAAAGCCAGAAGCAUGCCUAG